GCACGUUGCUUUUCACUUUAUGAGUGCUGCCUUGUCCCGACCUGACCUCACUUGUCUGUCUGUCUUCAUUCACGUCUAGUCCCAAUUGCUGCUCAAUACAUUGCAUCCUCAUUCUACCUUUCUCAAGUCUUUGCAAGUCGUCUCUUGUUCCACCGUCUUAUUCUCCAAAGCAGCAACCAUGAUUAUCCACCCAGACAUGGUCAAACCUAUCCAUGCCACCACUUCCGUGGCCCCAAUCCCAACAGUGAUUCCUAACCCGAUCAUUCAUGUCCACGCCGGUGACACAGGCCAUAAGACCCUCUGGGUUGUCGUUGUCCUGAUGGGGCUCUCCUCACUAGCAUUCUAUGGGAUGGCAUUCCGAGUCCCUGUGCAAAAACGCCUCUUCCAUAUCUUGACAGCCUUCAUUACCACCUUUGCCUUCCUUUCGUACUUUGCCAUGGCGACUGGUGAUGGCAAGAACUACCACUACUACACAGAAACCGAAACACACAAGAGGGUUCCUCCGACCCACCAGAAAUUUGGCCGUGAGGUAUACUGGGCAAGAUAUAUCGAUUGGUCCGUCACCACUCCACUGCUUUUACUCGAUCUUGCUCUGCUAGCUGGCUUGAGCGGUGCCAAUAUUUUGGUGGCCAUCGUUGCCGAUGUCAUCAUGAUCUUGACCGGCCUCUUUGCUGCUUAUGGCACCACCGAUGGGCAGAAAUGGGGAUGGUAUGCCUGGGCUUGUAUCGCCUAUCUGGUCGUUGUUUAUCAACUGGCCUCGAGUGGCCGUGCCGCAGUCGCAACCAAGGACAGCAAGACCAAGGCCUUCUAUGCAAGCAUUGCUGGAUUUACCUUGAUUCUCUGGACCAUCUAUCCAAUUAUUUGGGCCUUGUCUGAGGGUGCUCACAUCAUCUCCGUUGAUGCUGAGAUCAUUGCUUACGCCGUUCUUGAUAUCCUUGCCAAACCCGUAUUCGGUUUCUGGCUUCUGUUCACUCAUGACAGCAUGUCUAGCACUUCUCCCUCUCUUGAAGGAUUCUGGGCCAACGGCUUUGGAAGUCAAGGCACUCUCCGAGUGGGUGACGAUGAUGAAGCAUAAAAUUCAACGCUGAUGUUCCUAGGUUGGAGAUGAUGACUAAACGAUUUUGUGGUCCUAUCUGUAUCACAACUGAGGAUCGAGAUUGGUAAUAAAGAGCUCUACAAUCAGUGGUGGCUGCAGCUGAGGCUCAAGCGGGAUACAGAGGUUGCUGAUGGCGGUCAGGCGAGGGUGAAGGGGUGGGUGGAGACGGUAGCCCUCCGGCAGCAUGAGGCCGGAUUGCGUUGAUCUGAAAAGCUUUAGCAAAGACUUCGUUGGUGGAGUUGUUGAGAAAUCGAUUCAGCAAUGCAUCGUACAAAUGUUUUUGGUUGCAAGAGUUUGAAAUGCAUUAGGAUUGGGUGUAUGGCUACUGAGAUUGUUAUUACACAUUCGAUGGUCCAUAGGCAGAAUAAUCACCAGAAGAUUUGUGUAUGAAGCUCUUUGAUUUUG